AUGGUUGAUCCCAGUGAUUCUUUGCAAGAUGCUAAGCCCAAUUUUGAUGGUGUUCCAGCCCAAGCCGUUGAUGCGGUCAGAAUGAGGCUAGCUCAACUGACACAUUCAUUGAGAAGGAUUAGAGAUGAGCUCUCGAGAGCAGAAUUACCACAAUGGUACACUUUACAAUCACAAUUAAACGUUACUCUAUCACAAAUAAUGUCAGUAACGUCCACUCUGCAGCAUUUCCAAGGAUUACUGGACUCUACAAUGGUCUAUCCUUUGCCUAACUUCCCCACGACGUCCCAUGAAGGUCUGUUAACGACACUGUUGAGAAAGAAGAAUAUUCCCGAAGUGGAGGAGCUGAUGAGUACCGCCAAGGAUAUGUCAGAUUUAGAUUUAAAUACAAUGGAACAUCGUGAACUGGAAAGGUCGUUACAAAAUGAUAGAGAUAUUUCCACAUGGUGCUUACAGACGCUUGUCGGUGAAUACAGGAAACAUGAUUUCAAGAGUUUUAGAGAAGAUGGUGAUGCUAUGAAUAUCACCUUAUCGAAUCAUAAGAAGCCCUCGAAGCCAUUUCAAAUUGAAGAUGUUUUAAGAUACACUUACAGAGGUGAAAAUGCAAAUAAGGAAACGAAUAACCAAGGAACUGAAGAGGUUACUGUUAUCAAUUGA